AUGGAGACCCUGGCUGGCACGAAGAGACACUAUAGGGAACCCUGCUCAGUGCCUACAGUCUUUCUGGGGAUCCUCAGAGCAACCUCCACAUUGUCUCCUAAUGAUGAGCUGGAGAAGUCCCUCUGGAAGUAUGUGAUGAGAAACAUUCUGGAGAAGAUUGACGACAACCAACCUCUAGAAUAUUUAUCUGAGCUUCGGCUGGUCACAAUUGUCUUUGUGAACCUGCAGUUUGACAAAAGCGCCAAUACCUUGCAUCUGUGCAAGGCCAUCCACGAUGCCAAUGUGAAGAUCUAACACAUCAUCCACGUCUUCAGCGGCAAAAUCAACAAAGUCUUUAAGUUUGACAAAGGCUGCACAUUCCUGUGUGUGUUCGGGCUCCCUGGGGAUAAGCAGGCUGACGAGAGCGCCCACGCCUGGGACAGCGCAUUUAAAAUCUUCAACUUCUGUUAAGUAAGCAGGAAGGUGCAGCUAGUUUCCAUCGGGGUUACCAGCGGGCCAGUGUUCUGCGGAGUAGUUGGCCAUCAUGUAAGGCACGAAUACACAGUCAUUGGCCAGAAGGUGAAUCUUGCUGCCCCGAUGAUGAUGUAUUAUCCGGGGUUAGUGUCCUGUGAUGCAGUGACCUAUGCCAACUCCAGGCUGCCUCAUUACUUCUUUGAAGAGCUCCCCCGGACUGAGAUGAAAGGAGUUGUGAAUCCCGGCGUGGUCUAUCAUUAUCUUGGCAUCAGUGAGAAACCAAUGAUUGGCCAAGCGUAUCUCACCAAGGAAAGGUCUGAGUAUUACCACUUACUGGGUAGGUGGACAGAGCUCUUCGGAACUCCAGUUGGUUUGUCAUUAGGAACCUGUGGAGCAGUUGUUGCUGCUGGGAAGAGGAUGCCCAAGGAAGAGAUGGAUGUCUUAUAUGGUGCUAUGGACCACAGGAUCUAUCCAUGGUCAGACAAGAGUAUGGAAUACAUAAUGAUUGGCCAAGCGUAUCUCACCAAGGAGAGGUCUGAGUAUUACCACUUACUGGGUCAGGAAAAAAAGCUUGAAAUCUAUGACACUUUAUUGAAAGGAUUUGUGGCGUCUACAGAAGGCCGCGUCAUAAUGUAUGAAGGCCUUAUGGGCUAUGGAAAGAGCCAGUUACUUGCUGAAAUUGCCUACUUAGGCCAGGAGGCUGGCUACAAGGUUGUUGCUAUGGAGCUGACAAAGGUAAAUGUGCAGCAGAAUUUUUUUGUCAUCCGGACACUCCUGGCCAUGUUUCUGGGGAUUGAGGCCUGUAAAUCUUACGCUGAAAGACAGAACAUCCUCCAAGGCAAACUCCGAGGUGUGGUAGAAGAGUCCUACUAUUGCUUCCUGAAUAACAUCUUUCUUGCUAAGUGGAGAAAAACAUUCUUAUUUUUGUCAUUUUGCCACUUCAUUGAUCCUGCAUCAUGGGAAUUUCUGGACAACUUGCUCUCCAGCAUCCCGUUUAUGGUCAUGUCUCUAUGUCCUCCCAGCCACCAAGCACGGCCGCCUUGUGUCUCUGCUGCAAACAUCAUUAACAGCACAAAGACCACCUACGUUCAGCUGCGGGAGCUAAAACCCUCUGUGAUCCUGCAAAAAGCCUGCCAGGACCUUGGGGUGGUCAGCAUCUCCCGGGAGCUAGAAAUGUUCUUGAUACAGAGAAGCCAUGGAAUCCCAUUUUACUGCGAGGAGUUGCUGCGGAACCUCCAUUUAAAGAACAUGCUCAUCUUCCAUCUUUGGGAGGAGGAGGAAGAAAUAGAUGAUGAGUGGGAAGGCCUUUUCAGUAAGCUACUUGUCAUUAACUCAUCAUCACUUGGUAACCUGGUCUGUUCAUUCCCUCUGAAGCACCUGGCAUUGGCCACUGUUGCAAGACAGGUUCUUAUGUUCUUAAAUGCCACAGCCCAUUGUAUAGUGUAUAGUGACUCACCCUCCCAGGCAGUUCUCAUCUUUCUGGGAAUGUUUGUCGGCCUGGCACUGGCUGCUGGAAUUCAGGGAAGGAAGGAGGGUGCAAGGGGCAAAGAGGAGAUGUACCAAGAUUGUGUGCAAGUACUGAGCUGGCUGGAGAAGUUGGCUGUUGUGGGGGAGAGAAUCAUUAGGAUGGCUUGUUUCUUUUCUUACUGUUUAGAACUCUUGCUUUAUGCUGGAUUUUCAUUUAAGUCAUUUAAAGAGUGCCUGGAAUUCAUAAAACACAAUGAAAAAAACUGCAUCCUUAUGUCUCAGAACAGCAUCAUGUUGGGGCUGUAUUCAUCCCUGGCCAUUUGGUUUGCCAGACUUCAGCAGUGGGGCAACUUCAAGGAGCCUUUUGAAAAGGCCAGAAGGUUGCUGAGGAGAACUAGCGCCUCAUUCUUUGCUACCAGUGGAUUCUGUAGAUUCUUGGAGUGUGAGAUCCUUAUGCUACGGAAACACAUUGAGGAAAAGCCUGAAUUGGUCUGGGUGACUCGUAAUAAGAUCCUAAAGGACUUGGACCAGGUUCUCUCUCGAUGCUCCACAAGCCCUAUCUGUUACCCUAGGGUUUACCACCUGAAAGCCUAUAUCCUCCUGGUGUUGGGCAAUGAAGAACAGAGCCAAAUCUACCUAUCCCAAGCAUUCCAACUCUGUGACAUAUAUGGAAACCUCCUGGAGAAAUCCUGGCUGGAGAUCAGCAAUGAGUGGUGGUUCACUGCAAAAGGCCCCAUGGAAGACUUAUGGCUGAAGGCCGCACCAGAUUUUCCCAAGUGGGAAAUAGGAAUGACAGAGAAAGACUUUCCAGAGAUCCAUAAAACCAAGUACUUGCUGCGGGUGCCAGCAUUGGAUAUUAACAAUCCUUUCCCAGAACCUGAGAUCCCCGAUGUCUGAGCUGCAUGUAGUUCUGCCCAACUGGAGCAAUUUGUAAGCCUUUCUAGCCGGCACUGCCCAAAUUUGUAAGCAUUUAUGAUAUUCCUACGGUACACAUAACAACACCUGCUCUCUGCAAAGCCUUCUGUAUUUGCUCAUCUCUUCCUUUGGUAAAUGUAGGUUCUAAUGUCUCACCGUGGCUUAGACCAUUUUUCCUCACUGUUAAUUAAACUCUGCAGUAUCUCUUCAUUAUAGUAAUUUAUUCCUUUAUAACCUGGAACAGAAUCUAGUGCUAUUCCCAAAAAGGAAAGUGUGAUGGGCUGGAUCACAGAACUCCCCCUGAGAGCUGCCAACCGAUGUGCCAAGACUACUUCUAUCCCUGUUUUCCCU